ACAGCUUUGUUGAUCAUUUCCAACUUCAAGAAAGCGCUUAUAAUAAACCCAACGUUCAAAUACCAUAUCUUAAAGUCGAAGAGUUCGAACAGAUUUGCAAUGACCUAAACAUUUGGGAUUGCGAGCCAUCUUCGGCUCUAGAAUUGCAAGAAAAUAAUGGGCAUUUCGAGAACGGAGAAGAGGAAGAAGUGAAGUCUUUAGUGAGUCCAGAAUCUAGCAACAAAAUUGACAAUUAUAAAGACGAUGAUUGUUUUGAUGAUGAGAGGACGAAGAAGAGGAAUGAAGAAAGGGUUUGCAAGCCUGGCGCUUUAGAGUUUGAAGAGAUUCAAAAGCAUUUUGAUAUGCCAAUCACGAAAGCUGCAAAGGAGCUAAAGGUUGGGUUGACUGCCUUGAAGAAACGAUGUCGGGAACUCAAUAUCUCGAGAUGGCCACACCGUAAGAUCAAGAGUUUGAGGUGCCUAAUUCACAAUGCUAAGGAGUUGGGGAUGACUAAAGAGAUUGAGAUGUUGGAAGACCACAAGAGAAUGGUGGAGUCUAUUCCAGAGAUGGAACUUACUGAAAGAACCAAGAAACUGCGACAAGCUUGCUUCAAGGCUAAUUAUAAGAAAAGAAGGACUCAAGAUUAUGCCAAUUCUGAUUAAAUAGUCGUACUAUUUGAUUCUCUAUUGUCUUAGUUUCAAUCCUUACUACCAUAAAUAUGAACAUAUACUGCCUCUCAUCAUUUAAUAUAUUUACAUAAUGUCUGUACGAAAUAAGAUCGAAAUGGUUCAUUCCAAUAUUUCAG